AAAUGUUGGCAUCACUAUAAACAGUAUCUCAAUUCGUUUAGAUAUUCUUGUGUUGAUAAUUUUUGACUUGUGCAUUAUUCAUUAGGACAAAACAUGUUUGUGAAAAUAUUAGCUGUCUUCCUAUGUAUAACAAUUGCACAUGUCAAUGCAGGUUGCAAGAAUAUCCCUAAAGUGGGUGAUUUAGAAGUUGGAGAAUCGAAAGCAGCGCAAGGAGAAUGCACCAUUGCAACUUGCACAGGAGAAGGAACUGUCGCAAUGAAAACAUGUCCGGAGUUUGUUGCAUUACCUCCCUGCAAACCUAUACAAGGAAACAGUGAACUGUUAUAUCCAGAUUGUUGUCCAAAAUUUGAGUGUCCUAAGGAAACUGAAAAAUAACGGUUAUAUUACUGUUUUGUGAAAAUAAAUCGAUAGAUAUAA